CACGCGGCAAUUUCUACGUUGCCGAAUAAGAAGAAGGCAUGAAUUUUCUCUUGUCUCUAUCUCUUUCUCUAAAUCUCGUCUACUUUCUCAGCUGCAUCGCGCGAUGCGCUCACGCGCGCAAAUGUAUUCAAGAUUUCUCGGAUCGGCGAUGAGAUUGUGGUCGAUGGAAAUUGAAACUGCAAAGGAUUGAUGCAGGAUUGCCGCUAGACCGACGUUUGAGAUGAAAGCGAGCUCCUCUACGUGUGUUAGUCGAUUGUAAUAAAUAUAACCUUGAUUCGGCACAACUUUGCGAUAGAGUUCUCCUGACGACUUACAAUGAUGAGCAAUCUCAUAGAUGCACACUGGUUUCCCUUAGCAUCCCAGGGAAAUAUUUAUUCCAUGACCAAACUGUGCUCGUCCAAUAAUUCCGACAAAUUAUUAGUAGCAUCUUUAAAAAGAAAAAUAUAUUCCUGCGAGUACCAUCAAACACCAGAAUUUCUGAGACCUAUGGUGAAGGAAUUAUUGUUCACAUAUAUUCCCAGUGGUGCAGAGAUUAUUUCCAUCGAUGCUUACAACAAGUCCGACACUGGGGAUAGUUUUGUGAUAGGCAUAACAAUCAUGAAGACUAGUACAGACACAAUAGAAAGGUACUUGAACAUAUACACGGAGGGUGCAGUAGACGGUGAAGGAGAUGAAGGUAGCUCGAUCGAAGCCAUAGCACAGAAUUGUCUCAUGGUGGAACUGUCGUACACUCCUUACCAUUUGUAUCAUACCGUUUUACCACAACAAAAUUCUGUACAGGAGGUAGUUUGGCUAAUAUCUGGGAGCGAUUACAGGAUUCAUAUGAUAAGGGAAGAUAAAUUAAGUCACGUUUACAGCGAAUCCUCUAUUGAAAAAUAUUUCCCGGAGCUGCAUGAUAUCCAAGCAAUCGCGCUGUGGAUUAAUAUUUAUUAUUAUGACAAUUAUAAGCGGCGAGUCACCGCCGUUGGAUGUGAGUGCGGUCUAGUCAAAGUUGCCAUCGUAAACGUGGAUGAUCUGCAAGUUUCUCGAAGUUGGCUGUUAAGAUACGACAAGCCUGUACCAAGUGUAAUAAUAUUCCCGCAUAGCAACGCCAUUAUUAAACCAGCCUUUGCAAAUAUCAAUUCCGAGGAAUUUGUCUCGAAGGAUGACGUCCCAAAAUUAAAUAUUGUUAUUUCAAGUACAAAUAAUGCUGUUGUCUUUAAAGAUAUCUUGCAACAUGGGAUGAAAGAGGACGUGAUAUUAAGCGGCAGCGAAUCGUCGGAUUGUAUUCUGUGCUGUUGCAUAGCGGACAUAAAUAUGGAUGGUCAAAACGAGAUCUUGCUUGGCACUUACGGUCAGGAGGUCCUAAUCUUCGCGUUAACAGGCGACACGUGGGAAUUAGCCACCAGAAAACUAUUUGACGCUCCUGUGCACUCUAUAAGCUACAUGGACAUAACAAACGAUGGAAUAAAAGAAUUAAUUGUGCUCACGCAACGAGGUGUACAUAUAUUACAGCAUAACAUAGCUGAUAUACGAACGAAGUGGAAGGAACGUUACAAAAAAUUAUUUAAUAUACUAGCUCAGGAAUAA